GAAAACCUCAAUCGAGGAAGACAAAUGCGGAAGUUAAACGGAAACAAAAAAGGGCUAAAAUUAGCAACCCUUAAAAGUGUGUUUAGUGUAGUCUGGUCAAUAAUCACAAUGUUUAAAGAGUUAGUGAAGACGCGACUAAUGGCGGCGGCCGAUGAAAUAUUUACGGUGUUUGAAAGAACCAUAGUGUCGUACGAGAAGGAACUUUCUCGAAUAAAAGAGGAGAAGGAGCAAUAUCGACAACAACUGGAAGCUGUUAGCCAGACUCAAUUUGGGCCACACGCUGAAGAUGUCCAGCAGCCGAGGAAGGGGGUAAGCUGCACACUGAAGGAGGAGGAUCCUCAGCCGCACGAUGUUAAAGAGGAAGAGGAAGAACUUCGUAUCACUCGGGAGAGAGAGUGUCUUCUAGGGCGAGAGGCGGCUGAUCCUGCCAAAUUUCCACUGACUGUUGUUCCUGUGAAGACUGCAGAUGAUGGAGAGGAACCACAAGUAGACCACCUCUUAGCUCCGCUAUCAGAUAGGGACGACACAACGUCACCCUCUCCUCAGGAUGAAGUUAGGGACGACACCCACGAACCUUUGAUCAGCGAUACGGACUGUGAAGGUGAUAUAAGGACUGAUACUGACGACAAACCCUCUGAAUGCUCUGCAAAAGGCAAAGACCAUUUAACCUGCUCAGUUUGCGCGAAAAGAUUUCCUAAAAAGGGGGAUUUGACUCGGCACAUGCGGACACAUACCGGAGAAAAACCUUUCAGUUGCUCAGUUUGCGAUAAAAGAUUCCCUCGAAAGUCAAGUAUUAUAAUCCAUAUGAGAACGCACACAGGGGAAAAACCUUUUAGUUGCCUUUUUUGUGGUAAAGGAUUUUCCCAAAAUGUAGCAAUGGUGUCACACAUGAGAACGCACACUGGUGAAAAACCCUUUAGUUGUUCAGUGUGUGAAAAAAGAUUCUCUCGUAGGUCAUAUAUGGUAUCGCAUACAAGGACGCACACAGGAGAAAAACCACAUUCCUGUCCAUUUUGUGCUAAAACAUUUACAAGACACAACAACUUAAUGACACACAUGCGAACCCACAAUGGAGAAUAACACUUUUCCUGUUCUAAAAUAUUGACACGUCAUAAAAGUGUAUGAUGUCACAUGUGAAAAGUCACCCAGAAGGUAAUGAUCUGCUGUAUGUACCAUAUCAGGAUUCUUCAUGAGUUCCAAGUUUGUGUACUGCUAAGAACAUUAGAUCAGGGCCGAUCUGCUCUACACAAGAACACAGGCUGUGUGUAGUGCCCCAGGAUCUGUGGGGGAGGCCGUUGACGUGAAGAAGCACAUGUAAAAUGUCAAAUAAUGAAUGACAAAGGAGAGUGCUUCAAAUGAAAUGUUACUGCAAACAUAUUCCUAGCCAAAAUUCUGCUCUGUAAUGCAGUAUGUACAGGGUUUGAUUCGCAGUCUGUAAGAUGUCCAAAUGUAUUUUUUACUGAAAGCGGACUUAUUAUGCAAAACAAACUUUUUUUCACCUACUGGUACCUGUUUUUGUGUUGUGUUUGGGAUCUGCAUAAGUUCCGAAAAUUUCAAAUCAAAUCAUAGAAACAUGGAGGAGAUAUUCAUAAAACAAUCUCGCCUUUAUUCAUACUUCUUUCAAACGAGCCGUUUGGAAGUCACCCGAUUUGUGAUGUUUUUUCCUAUUGGUGACAUAAGCAAAUAUCUCCUUAUAUGGUUACGUUUUACUCGAAGAACUUUGCCCGAGUACGCCAUUGCAGUCCAACAUAGUCAAUAGGUUCCUUUUUUCUCUAUAUCCUUUUGUUCAAAAGCAUUCCACCGCUUUUGCCCUUUCUAAUACAAAGUAGCAUAUAUUUUUAACUUAGAUCUGUCAGUAGACUCCAUAUGGCAGACGUGGUGGAGACAUAGUCAAAGUGGAGGCACCUAAAUAAAACUGCCCACAAAACGCGGCAUCCUGAAAAGACGGUAAGGAAGCGGCUUAAAGAUGGUCUUUAAAACAGCUUUUUUGCAAAAUUUUGACCAAAGAACCACUAUUACAGCUUACCAUAUUUUUUGGACCCUAGGGCUACAAGCUGCAAUGCUGAUGAGCAGAUCUAUUCAGGGCUAUUUUCAUACAAAAGGCGCAUCGGAUUAUAAGGCGUAUUAAAGGGGUCAUAUUAUGAAUGUAUUUCAUACAUUUAAAGCACUUUCUUGUGGUCUACAUCAGUGGCCCGCAACCACUGGUCCGCGGACUGGUACCGGUCCGUGACGCAUUUGCCACCGGGCCACACAGAAACAUAAAGUAAUUUUAUAAACUACCGCAUUUUCUCCCACUUAACUCUUGCCUGUCCCACUCAACCAGUCCUUCUCAAAUACUUAUAGUUUAGAACCUUGGCAAAUGAUAUAAAAGCAUGUGUUAAUAACCAAAGAUUAUUAUUCAUUUAACAAAUAAACCUUAGGCUUAGGUCAGGCUGAUUAGAAAAGUACUAACCAUAUAAACAAACGACGCAUUUACAUACAAUAUGUAUUAUGUUGUGCAAAAAUAAAUUCAUAAUAAAUAUGUUUAUUAAAAGGGAA